GUGUCUUUAUUCUCUGUAGUUCUCCCAGGGUCUCUUGCCAGCUCUGCAUCCCCGAACACCCAAGCUGUUGGCACCGCUGAACAGCAGGCCCAGAGACAGUGCAGCUCUGCCAGCGCUAAAGCACCACGUUCCCCUGAAGCCCAUCAGCCGGAGCCCGCUGUGCUCCAGGAACUGGCUGAGGAGAGAGAGGCUGUCUCGGGGCAGCCCACGCACUGGACCUCUGACUACUACCAAGGGCGACAGUGAAGAGAGCAGGUCCAGCAGCAGCAGCCAGAGUUCUAUUGAUCUGGAGGAUGAUGAGAGGGACGUACAGGAGAGAGCUCCAGAGGACAGCAAUCUGAAUUUUGUUGGAGACAGGCUGUUGCAGCAUUCAAAGGUUGGGAGCUCCACUGAGGCUGAUUUGGUUGAGGAGACAAGGCAGCAUUUUAACGUUCAGUCGAGGAUUCGUCAGAUUCCUCCGAUCCACAGAUCAGCACAUAACCUGGAUGGAGAGACUGUCAAUAAAAAAGGUGACCCUCUCAGCAAUGAAAAAGCCAUUAACUCUCACUGUGAAGGCAAAGCCACCAAUAUGAGUUAUACAAAAGAGACAGUUGCCAAUCAUUCCUUUACAAAAUGUAACUAUGCAAAACAAGGUGACACUAAGAACCAUAUUAGAGACAGUGAAAUGCCAAUCACAUCAGAGUCUACAGAGAAGAUCCAUGUGUGCUCCACCACAGACCCUGAGAUUGACGUUACCCAUGGAAUUACAAUUAAUAUAAAUAAUGAGCAAGGUGAUGCUAUUGUACACUCUGAAGGGAAUUACAGAGAUGAACUACAGCAUGUACAACAGACAGAAGGGACAAUGCAGGAUCCCAGUGAUGAAGAAACUCAUGUAGAUAACCAAAUCCUUUAUAGUGCUGAGGAUGCAAAGUUAAAUACCAGCACUGCUGUGGGGAAAAAUCAGCUCUUUACUACAGCUGUAAACCCUCCACUGUCAGAUGUGGAUCCCAAGACAGAUAAGAAGAUGCUGAAAGCUUUAAACCCUGUCCAAAAAAAGGAGAGAAGAAACAGCAAGAACUGUGAACUAAGAGCAACCAACCAGUCCUUCAAUCUACUAGCACAUAAAGACCGAAGUAUCAUAAGUUGGAAUAAGUCCAAAAGCAACUUGAAGUACUCUUCACUUUCUACACAAGUCAAGGAUAAGACUAGGAAAAGCCCUGAGCUGAUUAUUAGCGGAGAGGCCGCAGUCACUAAAGGAAAAUCGAAGCUUAAAUCAACAAAGGGUGCAUUUCGCAGCACUGACACCCCAUCACCACGAAAGAAGGCUGUUGAUCAUCCACAGAGCAACAGAGCAAAUCCGGACAAGCCAAACAACGAUAGAGCUCAACCACCAGUGAGGGAGCUGAAGAGCGCCCGGCAGUUGAAGAGGUUCAGUGUGGCAGGGACACCGAGGUCUAAAUCUGCUGUGGACUUCAUCACCUACAAAGACAUGUUUCAGCAGAUACAGAGCGGGGAUGAAGGACCAGCCAUCUACGAGAUGUUUGCAGGCCCUGUCUAUGAAAACCUAAGGGUUUCAAGCUCCUGUGAGAAAACAAAGGACAGACAAGUGCAAUCUGCACCAUCUAGGAAGAUGCAACAGACCCAUAAAGUCAAACACAAACCCUUGAAACAACCUCAGUGUAAGCUGAGGAGAAGCCCAGGGGAGACUAUGGUGGUUUCAACUAAAAACAAGGCAAGACUCGGGUCUUCUAGGGCUGUAUCAAGGAAAGGCACUUAUAAAAAGGACAGUAAGGCUAUACUGGAGACCAAGUUAGUUCUCUCCAAGCAUGGGGAGAUCUGUCAUGAGAAUGCUCAAGAAAAAACUGAAGAUCAUACGUUAUCUACCAUAGAGGAGGCUCUUUCUAAAUAUGGGUCUGAAACAUUAAAAUCUGAUGACAAAACACUGACUCCGUCAACAGCUUCAUCUCAUUCUAAAGAUAAUAAUCAGAUGCUUGUGAAUAUGCAAGAAAUUAUUGGGGAUUCAUCAACAGGAAGCCUUAACAGACCAGUUCCUGAGUCCGUCUUACCUCAAAGCUCCCACCAGCCGAAGAUCAACACAUGGACGUCUUCUAGCAGCAGCAGCAGCCACACCAUUAUGUCACCAGUUUACCAGAAGUUUCUGGAGGAAGUGGGAGAUGGGCCACUGACAGAUGACCUGCUGCAAUGUCUGGCUGAGGAGCUGAUCUCACUGGAUGAGAGGGAUGUGUCUGUAGGCCUGUGUCCUGAAAACAUGGAAUCAAGCAAAAAGGAGUCCAGCAGAGAGGAAGAUGCCGUAUCAGGAAGAAAUACAUUUCCUGAGGUUAUUUCAACAGACAGUGCUGCUCUGCUUGGCUCAGGGGUGGCUGUCGAUGACACCAUCACAUGGACAAAGGGGGAAGUGCUCGGCAGGGGAGCCUAUGGGACAGUGUACUGUGGCCUGACCAGCCAGGGCCAGCUGAUAGCUGUGAAGCAGGUGAGUCUGGACACCUCUGACCCUGACGCUGCGAAGAGGGAUUACUGUCGUCUGCAGGGGGAAGUGGAGCUUCUUAAAACCCUUAGACACACCAACAUCGUGGGCUUCCUGGGGACCUUUCUUCAUCAGCACGUGGUUUCCAUCUUCAUGGAGUACAUCCCUGGAGGAUCCAUCGCUAGCAUCCUUCACAGGUUUGGUCCUCUGCCAGAGCGAGUCCUAGCUCUGUACACCCAUCAGAUCCUGGAAGGGGUGGCCUAUCUUCACCUGAACAGGGUGAUUCAUCGAGACUUGAAGGGAAACAACGUCAUGCUGAUGCCCACCGGCGUCAUCAAGCUCAUAGACUUUGGCUGCGCACGUCGUCUCAGCUGCCUGAACCAUACUGCAAGCAACAGUGGAGACCUUCUUAAGUCUGUCCAUGGCACACCUUACUGGAUGGCACCAGAGGUUAUCAAUGAGACAGGAUAUGGCAGGAAGUCAGAUAUAUGGAGCGUAGGUUGUACAGUGUUUGAGAUGGCAACAGGUAAACCACCACUGGCACACAUGGACAAAAUGGCUGCCUUAUUCUACAUUGGAGCUCAGAGAGGGUUGAUGCCCUCCUUACCAGAUGGGUUUUCUGAUAAUGCCAAGGAUUUUGUAAAAAUCUGCUUGACAGGUGACCAGAGACUACGGCCAUCUGCAGACCAGCUCCUGAAGCACUCAUUCAUCCCCAAAAAUGAGACUGGGGUGAACUCUUGGGAAACACAGAAAAAGAACUGCUGUGGUCACCCACAGGGACUGUGUGGUUAACAAAGAGUUAGACUAAAACAGAAUAUUUUUGAGUUCAAGGGGACAUUUAUUGAUUUAAUUUAGACUGGUGAAUCAAAACACAAAGUAUUUUUCCUAUCCCCAGUGAUGCAGCAGUAGUGUCAGUGUUUGGAGCAUGAGGCACUGGCUAUGUGUCCCUGACCUCUCUCAGCACUACAAUACCAAGUAUAUCAAGAGUGAAAAUGUAGACUUUACAUUCUUUAGCUGAAUUUUAAAAUGAGCUACACAAGAAGCACUUUUUUACAUUUCACUUGGAACAUUAAUAGAACCUAUAAAAUCUAACAAGAUAGAGUUCACACUUAAGUUACAGGUAUUUUUUAUGACAAUAUUAGAAACGUGCCAAUCUUGUUAAUACUGUAAUUUUACAUUUAUACAGUGUGACUCUAGGUCUCUGUCCGGUAUGGUAUAUUUAGGUUCUGAUAAAGUGUGUUUAAUCCACAUUGUAGCAUAUCUUACAUUAUAAGCUAACCUUUAUUUUUCUUUGCUGAGAAUGUGAACUAAAAGUGUGCUGAGGAGACACCAUAACUUUUCAUGACUAUAAGCCACUGUGCAGGUAUAUCUCCUUAUAUUCAGAUCCACAAAUCAGUAAGUCUCUUUCCUCCUGGAGUCUAACAACAUAGAUAUACAGUCUGUGUAAGAAAACAACGGCAACAAUCCAGAACUUAUACUGUCAGGAUAGCGGCAGCUUUGAAGUUUAUUCAUAAUAAUGAAAAGAAAAAAAGGAUGGAAAGAGUGGCUUAUGCUCAUUUGUCCACAACUGCAGUUGUUCUGUGUGCCCAACUAUAAAACCCCUAAUGAGGGUACAAACAACCCAGCCUCAGGGUUACUAGGUAUUUUGCACAGUAAAAAUAAAAGAGUAACCCAGUCGAGAACAGAGGGGACUGGGUCAUUUCAAAAUUUUAGAACAAUAGAGUUUAAUGUAUGAAACUGAUGUAGAGAUGGAAAUUCAACCAAAUAGAUGAGGACGUCAGUGACAAAAACGAUCAAGCACGUCCACAUUGCAGAUUCUUGAGGUUCAUCCUGCAUAUGGCCAAUUAGUUACUGUUCUGUCAACUGUUGGUGAAAUGGAAAGAGCCAACAAGUGUGUUUCUUUUAUAGUACCUUCUGAGUGAGUGACUGAAUAACACAUGUAUCCCUUUUAUGGGCUGACAUCUAAAGGGCUACAGCUUCAUGUCAUGAAAUUAUGUCUGUUGCACUUCAAAAUAAAAAGGGUUAUGUAAACUUUAACAGCACACUACUAUUGUACUUGUCAGCUGUUUUUUUUUUUUCUUUUUGAGGCAAAACCUUUGGCGUCCAGCUUAAGGUCUACUUAGGUCCAAAAAAAUAAUUUUUGGUACAAAUUGCAUUGCUUUGAUGUGAUUAGUAGGUGCUGAAUGUGCCUGUGUUGCUGAGGGCAUCAACUGAUGUUUCCUGUGAUGGAAAAGCACAGUACAGCACCCUCUGUAGGAAGGCUGUAAGAAGCACACACCACUGGAAUGCUGCAAUCAUUUACCCGACGAUGCCCAGACGGUAGAUCAACAAAAUAAAAGUCUUUAUAGUUAUUAUAGUUAUCUUAUUAUACUUACAAGCAGCUCCAAACCUGAGUAGUCAUGGUAUAGCUUUUUUUCUUUAAACAUACAAAAACGUAUGUACAUUUAUCUCCUUCCUGUAAACAGUAAGUAAGCUCUCUCCUUUUAAAUCCCUUUGAUGAUUGAAACAUGCAAAUCAUACGCACAGUACUUAAGUAUAAAAGAAAUCAAGACAAGAAAGUAAUUGAGGAGAUGAAACUUUACACCUAAAAAAAUUGCAUCCAUCAACAGUACUAAAUGGAAUGCCAGCAAACAUAACUUGAACUCAUCUCCAGCUUGCCACUGGCUUCCUUCAUCCAACUGCAGAAAUAUGAUUCAAUUAAAUUACUUAUUAAAAAAAAUAGAGGAAGAAAAUUAACAAAGUGCACCUUCUAUGCCUUUUAUAGUACUGGUAAUACUUUUGUUUCCCCCGUACGGAGCUUUGAAAUGUAGGAAAGGACUAAAUCCCCCCAUCCCCCCCGGUGGAAUCACACAAUCAACCCCUCCCCACAUCACUCACAUCCACCCACCUUUGCACAUUCCUAGACUCAUUCGAGGAGGAAGGAGAACCAA